UCUUGAACUCCUGACUUCAAGUGAUCCACCUGCCUUGACCUCCCAAAGUGCAGGGAUUACAAGCGUGAGCCACCACGCCCAGCUUGUCUUUUUGGUUUUCAUGGGAGUCUGAGGACCCCGACUCCUCCGGCUCUCCAUCUUUGAGCCUCUAGCAUCCUUUCACACCCAGAAAUCAGCUGGAGUAAGUCUGAUUGGCUCUGCUCCAGCUGGCCUUUGAAGCACAAGUUUAAAUCUCCACCUUCUGUGCACUGACCAGAGUCUAAAAGAAAAGCUGCCAGUGCCAUAAAGGAAAAGGGAUCCGCACGGGUAGCCUUGUCCUUGCCUACAGGCACAUCUUACUUUAGAAUUUCAAGUCCUGGCCAGGCUCAGUGGCUCACUCCUGUAAUCCCAGCACUUUUGGAGACUGAGGCAGGCAGAUCACUUGAGGUCAGGAGUUCAAGACCAGUCUGGCCAACAUGGUGAAACCCUGUCUCUACUAAAAAAAAUACAAAAAUUAGCCGGGUGUGGUGGCACUCAACUAUAAUCCUAGCUACUCAGGAGGCUGAGACAGGAGAAUCACUUGAACCCACAAGCCAGAGGUUGCUAUGAGCCAAGAUUCCACCACUGUACUCCAGCCUGGGCAGUACAGCAAGACUCCGUCUCAGAAAAAGAAAAAAAAAAAAAAGCUAAAUUUGAGAAUUUCAAGGCCCCAAUUCAUUCUAACCAAACAUUUUCAGUCUUACAAAGAAACCUAGUGCACGACAUCUUUAAAAUGCCUAGAUUUCCAUUGCCUAAAGUAAGGUGUGGCCAGGGAAAGAACAGCAGGGAAUAAUGUUCCUUUGCUGUGGAACACAUAAGCCCCACAGUUUUCCAGUCAGCCUAAUACAUGGGUAUCCCCCACCCGCAUCUGCCUCCUUAAGCCUCAGUCCUUAGUGGGGAACUCUGACUAAGGGGGAUGGAGUCAGUAACCCAGACAGGGCCACAUUUGCAUGAGACAUAGCUGUCUCACAAGGAGGGUCACAGAGCUUCUACGCCAGCCUACUGGUUUUUCAUGGAUUUGUUGGAUUAACACUGUAAGCAGGUUUUGUUUUCGUUGUUUUGUUUGUUUGUUUUGAGAUGGAGUUUCUCUCGUCGCCCAGGCUGGAGUGCAAUGGCAUGAUUUUAGCUCACUGCAACCUCUGUCUCCCAGGUUCAAGCGAGUCUCCUGCCUCAGCCUCCCGAGUAGCUGGGAUUACAGGCACCCGCCACCACGCCCAGCUAAUUUUGUAUUUUUAGUAGAGAUGGGGUUUCUCCAUGUUGGUCAGGCUGGUCUCAAACUCCCGACCUCAGGUGAUCUGCCCACCUCGGCCUCCCAAAGUGCCAGGAUUACAGGCAUGAGCCACUGUGUCCGGCCUUAAGCAGGUUUUUAAAAUCUCCAGUGGCCAUAAAACAAGCCAGGGUAGCUCAUGCUUUUACUGGUUGGAAUAAGGAGCCAAAACCAACAAAAUAAUAUUUAUUAGGGCUCAAUGCCCAUUUCUGUGGCUAAGGCUUAGGUUUGGUGUGCAGAACCUGGCCUACUUUUGUGGGCUGUGGUUCCUGUGACAGUUUCGUUUUCUGAAUCUUUGUAAUGCUUUUCCAUGUGCUGCCCAGAGGCUGAUCUGCAAACCUGCGCAGUAUUCCACACUGAAGCUCAGUUUGCAGACCUUUUGCUGUGUUAAUUCUGGUCGGUUUCACACAGAAGUCAUGAGGGCCUCUGCCCAGGACCUCCUAUUCACAUUUCAAGAAUCCCUUUCUGAAAUUAUCCAAGUCUCUGGUCAGGAGGAGGAGCACCAGUGGGGUAGGGUGGGCGGCGGCUAGAGGGGCAGGAGCGAAUCCAGGUUCCUUGUGUGGUUUCCAGCCUCUGCUGACAGCACCUCAGCUACCAGGUGGGGAGUGGAAAUUCAGGCUGCUUAGAGGACUGACCUCUACAGUUAAUAUUUGCAGUGACAUAAAAGGCAAAGAGGGGCUGGCAUGGUGGUACAGAAGGUAUCAGUCAAGCGCAGGCUCCUCAGAAACCUAGAAACGAAAAAGCAGAUGCGACAUGUGACUGGCCAUCAGCCAGACAUGUCUAGGGUGAGACCAGUGCUCAGCACCACCUGCCAAAGGAUGCUGAUGAGUUGUGGGACAUAAUGAUCUGCCAAGUGAGGAAUGACUGCAGGGACCGGAGAAGACCAAAGAUGCCACAUGUCCCAAGAGUUUCUUGAGGGCUGGGUUUCACAUCUUUGAUUGUCCUUUUUGUCCCCACCUGCCUGCACUGUGCCUGACUCCAUCUUGUGGGGAAGGUGACUCAAGGAGCUGUUUAAGCCCAGGCCUAGGCAGUCCACCUCGGGAGGUGGGGGCACUCCACACUGGGGGGCCUGCAGCUCCAGGGCUGGUGCUCUAGCAGAUCCACUCAGGCACGGUUGGGUGACUAGAGGGUCACCGAUUGGGUAGAUUAUUUCUAGGGCAGUGCUGGGUUAGAAAUGUCUGCCAGUGGGUCUGUCUGGAAACAGGACACAUCUUCCCACCACAAGUCCACACCUGGCCUCGGCUGCUGCCCGCUCUCUGCAACGUGGACUUCCUUCGCCCAUUUGGGCCAGAAGCUCACCAGGAGUUCAUCACUGCUUGGUGUCAACUUCAGCUUCCAGACAAAAUCUACACUUUACUUUGUACAGCCCUGUCCCAGAGUUAGUGACCCUCGGCUUGUCACCUGCUUGCAAAGCGUAUAGAUGUCGUUCUGGGUAGUUCUAGAGGAUAUCUCAGCAAGUGCGUUUGAAGGUUCGGCACAGCUGGAAUUGUAUGGUAGUGAGCUCUUCAGAGUGAAAACAAUGACCGGAUGGCCAUCUGUCCUGGAAAUUGGAGUUGAAUAAAUCACUGAAAAUAGAACGCUUCGUGGAGGUUUUCUUCAGAAGUGAAAUAGAAAUAAGUUUUCCAGGCUCCCAGGUCAGUAGACCAAACCAACUUCCUUAGAUUUUUUUUCUUUUUAAAGCUGUUUGCAGAAAACUGGGUGGUAGCGUGUCUGAACCAAAUGGAAGAAGAGCCAGCGGAGCAUGCACUGUUCCGGCUUGGGCCACAUGGCCAACUGUCGAGAGCAGCCCUGCCCAGACUGCGGUGGGGGCUGUGCCAGCAGCUCCGCAGGGCCCUUCCAACUCUGGAGUGUCUGUAGUUCUUGUGAAACCAAAACGUUGACUACCUGCCUCUUUCCUCGGGCAUCGACAUGCUCAUUUCCAAAGAUGAUGGUGCAGGUGACCUUUUCCAUCGUGACCCAGGAGAAGGUUAGGAGGCCUGCGGGGUGGGCAUUGCGUCCCCUCCUUCCCCUCCAUAGACCCCGAGGUGGAGCUUCCCUCACAGACCCCAUCUGGUCUAGCCUACAGCUGCCCAGUGUAUACUCAGUGAUGCUUAUACCAAAUAGGGCAUGUAUGCUGGUGUCUGUUGGGGACAGCCCCAUCCCUUACUUGGAGAAUUGCAGAGAAGCAGCAAUAAGCAUUAGGCGAAUGCUUGAAAGGACUGCUGGGCCGAGAGGCCUUCAGUCCCCUUACGUGGCUUUCCAAGUUCCUGAUGAGGCUACAAAGGCUCCACUCAUAAAAGAAAGCCAAUAGUGUAAAUAAAUUAAGAACGAAGCCUCCAUGCGUGGUUUUUAAGGGGGAUGAUGAAUGUGAAACCACCCACAGAAUGCGUUAGAGUCUGGUUUUUCUGUGCUUUGUCAUUUUACUCUGAUAGGAACUUUUGUUACCUAACUCUGUGCAUAACUUAUUUAAUGUACUGUAUAAAUGAACCAAAACUGUUAAAUAUGGAUUUAGUUUGUUCUACUUAAAGUAGUCAAUAAAAAGGCUAUAUUCCUU